UCUGGACAUUGAUGUUACAAACAAUCAAAUUGCUUUUCAUGUUUUCGACAACUGCUUACACUAUAUAGAUGUCCAUGAAACUCAAAUGAAAUUACUAAUGCGUGGUCUCUUAUUUGGUGAACCAUUAGUUGGAGAUGUACGCCUUGAACAUGACUAUGCUGUUCGAAUGAACAUUCCAAAUUUGGAUUCUCUAUCAAGCUUUAAAACUAGAGAAAUUUGUUUAAAAUUUCUUACUACUUUAUGUCCAAAACAAGUGGAACUCUUGCAAAUACAACUUAUCAAUGAAAGUAAGAACAUAAGUAUUCGAAAACCUAGAUACUUUGAAAAUUCCAAACAUCAUCGUUUGAAGCUCAGAAUUGCUCAAGCUUUAACAAUUCUUAAUCAUCAAUCUAAAUACAAAUGGUAUGAUUAUUAUCUGUAUGCAAUUCUUCAUGAAAACAAUCAAACCAAUGUAACUUAUAUGUAUGAGUUUAUUGUUGCCACAUCCAUAAGCCAGCAGGUGCUUAUCAAUCAAAUGGAAAACCUGGCUGAUCUUUCUACAAGUUCUCAGAGUUCGUUGUUUGCCAUAUCGUUCCUAUUCUGUGUUCAUAAUAAGUCUGAUUGUGAGUUUGUUAGCAAACUCAUUACACUCAUUUUGCCUUGGACAAUGGGUUCCAAUUUUAAUACUCGCCUUUACGCCCAGAUAGCGGUUUAUCAUUUGAUUAAGCGAUUCAAAAUCAUUGAAUUUGACUAUCUGCAGGAAGCUAUUGAGAAAGGACUCAAAGAAAGCCCCAAUGCCCUGGAGAAAUUGUACUCAGAUAUUCGGUUUAACUUUCCAGAAGAAUUUUCCUUCAAAGACAUUGCUGAUCCAAUUUUAUUUGUGACUGCCAUGCCUGAAGAUGAAUGUCUAAGUUCAAGAUUGGAGUAUCUAAGCGAUGUUGUUAGUUUCAAAGAGGCACGGCGACUUAUUUUGUUAAAAAGGGACCCAAACAAAGAACAGGAGACACAUGCAGUUGUUGAAGAUGUACAAAGGAAAAUGAAUCCUGAAAUUGAUUCGAAUGAUAUAAGCAGCAAGCAACUGAAAGGGAAACACUCCGAUAUGAUAGUUGUGGCAAGUUUGAUUGAUAAAUUGCCAAAUAUUGGUGGUAUUGCUCGAACAUGUGAAGUUCUGGGAAUCAAAGAAUUGGUUUUGGAUUCAGCAAAGCAUACACAAAAUAAAGAGUUUAAGAAUCUUAGCAUGACUGCCGAAAAUUGGAUAAACAUAACAGAAGUUAAACCUAAAGAUUUGAAAGAGUUUUUAAAUAGCAAACAGAUUGCAGGAUACAAAAUUGUUGGUGCUGAACAAACAUCGAAUAGUGUUAAUUUUAUGGAAUUUGAAUUUCCAAAAAAAUGUGUUCUUUUACUUGGACAUGAAAAAGAAGGCAUUCCUGCUGAUUUAAUUGCAUUACUUGAUUAUGCUGUAGAGAUUCCUCAAUUUGGAAUGGUUCGUUCACUGAAUGUACAUGUAACUGGUGCGCUUUUCAUGUACGAAUAUUGUAAGCAACGUUUAAAGUCUUCUGAAUAAGUUAUAUUUAAAGAUAAAGUGAAAUAAUUGUUUUUUGUUGUUUUUUAUACUUGUUUGUGUUCUUUUACUUGCUUGAAUAAAGUUUAUUUUUUUACGAAGAAAGCAAUAUAAGAAAGUUUCCUCUGUAAGAAG